CAGGCAUACGUUCGAACAAGAAAGAACUUUAGUUGGACGUUGUUCUAAGAGCUUCCAGUACGUAUUGCCAUGGCCAUCAGGACCACGAGCACCGCCGCCACCACCACCACCAGGUCGGUGCACGGGGACAUGACGGUGGAGGAGUUCAAGGAGUGGCUGAUGAAGUUCGACACCGACAGGGACGGGCGCAUCAGCCGCGAGGAGCUGCAGAGGGCCAUCCGCAGCAUCCGCGGGCGGUUCAGCGGCUGGAAGAGCCGCCGCGGGAUCAGGUACGCCGACUCCGACGGCAGUGGCUUCAUCGACGAGGGGGAGAUGGACAACCUGGUGGAGUUUGCUCAGAAGAGUCUGGGCCUGAGGAUUGUCGUCUCUAAUUAGCUGCAUGGUGUGCAGUACAAGUAUAAUUUACAGUGGUCAUGUUGUUGUCUGCAAGUCAUGGAAGCUUUGAAUUACUUGACGAGCUUCCUAUGUAUUUAUCUUCCUUUGUUGCUGUUGAAUGUCAUCGUUUCUACGUCA